CUAAAAUCCUAGGUACUAUGAUCAUUAAAUGACUCAGUGAAGCUCAAAAAUAGAAAACUUGGGAAAAUUAGGCAGUUUUCAGACCUGGUCGUGGUGUAGUGGGCGUUGAUGAUAACAAUGGAUAUAAGUAGUAUGUAUUGGGAGGGUGGCAGGAAUCAUAGGGAAUUACCGGCAAUGGGUAAGGUUUCUGCCAAGAGCAACGCAAGGGAUAACGCAGGCGUAUUAAAAUGGAUGCUGCUGGUAAGAAUGUAUGAAGAGCAGAUCAAGAGCAAAUCAAGAGAGGAACAGAAGAGGAACGAAGCACAUUUGCAAAUGACUGGGUUAGUGCAAGGUGUACCAUAUGUAAUGACAACCGUUCCAGGUCAUAACGACGAACAUUCUAUCCCUCGUGGGUUGUCCUCUAUGAUUAUCCUGACAGCGACAUCAAUCGAGGAGACGGAAGAUCAAACAUGACGUGAAAAAUGUUUUUUGAGGAGAUCUGGGAUGGUAGUCGUUACGCAUGGUACAGUGGGUGUAUCGACCAGGUAUUCACUCAUCAGUAGGUUCUGGAACAAAAACACUUGCUGACAGGCAACAAUGGCUGCAUUUCCUGAUCUGAACGUGACAUUUGGCUCAUUGACCGAGAAGUCUUAUGAAAAUUUGUCAUUAAGACGACCAUACUGUACUAAAAGCCUUGUACUCGAACAUCCACGAGUGUGUUAGAGCCUACGGUCACUUCGGUACAUCCAGCGGUG